AUGGCACUCCAUGGGGACAGCAAAGUGAUCGACAUCAAAGGCUUUGAAGAAAACCCGGGCAUCAUCGUGGGAGCCACAACGAGGUCGGAGGAGGAUCUCUCAAACCCGAUCCAAGCGAAGCCGACGCGCAAAUGGCAGUCUUACAUCUGGGACACGUUGGACAAGUCACCUGAAGAACGCCGCCUAAUGUUCAAGCUCGAUGCGGCGGUUCUUACCUUCGCAACGCUGGGGUACUUUAUCAAGUACCUAGAUCAGAUCAACAUCAAUAAUGCCUUCGUGUCGGGGAUGAAGGAGGAUCUAGGGUUAUACAAGAAUCAGCUCAAUUAUAUGCAAACUUGUUGGACUGUAGGUUAUGUGAUCGGGGAGGUACCUUCCAAUAUGAUCCUGACUCGCGUCCGACCAUCCAUUUGGAUUCCUGCGAUGGAACUAACAUGGACCGUAUUGACGUUUUGCCUUUGCAAAUGCAACUCCGCGGGUUCGAUAUAUGCACUUCGAUUCCUCAUCGGUCUGGCCGAGUCAACGUUCUACCCUGGAAUGCAGUACAUCAUCGGGUCGUGGUAUCGCCGCGACGAGCUUGCGAAGCGGUCAUGCAUCUUCCACACCGCGUCUGCCAUCGGGUCGAUGUUUUCUGGAUAUCUCAUGGCCGCCGUCUAUCAUCUCGGAGGAAAGGGGGGAUACCGCGGAUGGCAGUGGUUGUUCAUUGUGGACGGCAUCAUUUCUCUGCCCAUCGCCAUAUCGGGAUUCUUCCUUCUCCCAGACGUGCCGGAGAUUACUCGGGCCUGGUACUUUACACCUGAAGAACGCCUAUUUGCACAGAAGCGAAUGCAACUGGAGGGUCGCGCACAGCGCGCGCCAUAUACGAAAGCGAAGUUCAAAAGGAUCUUCACCUCGUGGCAUAUAUACACCCUAGCAACGCUGUACAUGACGUUCAACAACGCCGGUUCAGGAGUCACCCAACCUACCUUUGCACAGUAUCUCAAGGAUUCAGUGAACCCAAAAUACACCGUUGGUCAGAUCAAUACAUAUCCCACGACAACCUAUGCCGUGCAGAUCGUCAGUACGCUCGCGUAUGCUUGGACAUCGGACAGCGUGUUCCGUGGUGCCAGGUGGCCACCAAUCGUCUUUGGCGGCGUGGUCUCCAUCAUCGCCUACGCGAGUCUGGCCUUUUGGGAUAUUCCGACGGGUUGGCACUGGGCGUGCUAUAUCAUCGCCGGUUGUGGCGGUGGCUUGAGUGGACUUUGCAUGGCCUGGGCGCAUGAGGUCUGCUCGGAUGACAAUGAGGAAAGGGCGAUCGUUGUCGGAACCAUGAACGAGCUGGCGUAUGUGUUCCAAGCCUGGUUGCCGUUGGUGGUCUGGCAGCAGAUCGACGCACCAAGGUAUCACAAAGGCUUUGUAACCUCUGCAUGCCUCGCUGCUGGCAUGAUUAUCAUCUCUCUCGUGAUCAGAGUGCUGUGGAAGAGGGAAUUGGCGAAGAAGGCCAAGAUGGGUGCUGUUGCUUGA